AUCCUGCGCAGAUCCAAGAUGGCGACUUUAAAGAGAAUCCCCACACUUAAAGCUAUAAACCAGCCUUUAGGAUUUUAAACAUGUUUACAGAGGCUGACUGGAGCCGUCUACCUUACCUGGUCUUGGUUCAAGUCUUCCAACACCUGGACAACCCAGACAGGUACCACGCUGCUCUCACGUGUAAAUCUUGGCUACUGACACUCUCUAGUCCAGUCUUGUGGCGCACGGUACACUUCAAGUUAAACACCAAAUACGAUGAAUGUUUGCUCAUUUUCAUCAGAAGGAUGGGGAAAGUUUUUCUGCACAUUAGAGCCGAUUGUGCAGCGCAGACAGCUGGAGAUAUCAGCUAUAGCUUAAGAUUCUUGUGCCAUUUUAUCGAAGCUCUACUGACCACUAACAACCAGCAACUGGUAACUCUCAGCCUGACUGGCAUGGAGAUGUGGAAAUUAUUCUCCGUUUACCUCAAGUGGGAGUUAGUCGAACAACUGGCCAUUCUGAUAGAAAACCAGCGAAAUCUUCAAGUACUGGAUCUCAGCCACGCUAAAUUAAAUAAAGAUCAAGGUUUCCGGUUGCUAGAAGCUGCAGCCAGCCAUCAGUGCCGACAGACGAUCCACACCCUGGACAUUGACUGGCUCAUUAACCAAAAGGAGUCAGGGGGUGCAAUCAAUGAUACAAAUUUUCAUCACUUCAUGUCCCGUUUUAGCAACUUAGCGGACUUGAAGCUGAGCCACCUCUACAUGUCAGACGACCUGCUGUACCUGCUAGCUAAGACAGCCAGCCACAGCCUGAGGUUGAUCUCUAUCAUCACAGAGGAUUUUUUCGUAAUAAACCAUCCUCCAACUACCAGUACAGCCUGGCAGUAUAUGAAGUCUGCAUGUCCAAGCCUCAAUGUUGAAGUUUUUAUAAACCCAUUAAAGGGUCGGGAGUUCAGAUUUCCAGUGAAUGCGUUUCUAAUCCCUUGUAUGCCAUUACAUAAAUUAUAUUGGAACUGUAGCAGUUCAAGUUUUCAACUUGGCCUGGCACACAUCGCAGACAACUUUCAGAACUCAUUGCGGCAGCUCCACGUCAUUUUUUGGGAUUUUCCCGAUAAAAAUUCCCUCCUGGACCUGAUCAUAAGGUGUCACAGUUUAGAAACCUUGUCAGUAGAGGCUUCAAACCUGACAAGUGGCCAGGAAGACAGCAUCGAGGAUGUCAUCAAACUUGGUCUUGCCGGUCACCACUCCAGCACACAUGCCUGUGUUGCCACGUUAAACCAUAAGGACGUGAGUUUAAAGGCAGACGACAAUCUUUUGUUGGAAUCGGACGUGAGUGGACAAGACGCAUGUCCCACAGGCCUGUCGAUGGGUGGAUGGUGCUGUGAGCAGGUUAAAAUAUGGGCCUGGAAAGGUUGGACAUUGGUUGAAAUGCUGGUAGUGUGGUUCCAAUCGUUCUUUUGAUGCCUGGAUAUGAUCGGCUAGACAUCCCAUGAGAUAAUGAAUUGACAUCGUAAAUGUGAAACAAUUAAAUGGUUU